AUGUAUAUCACGAUAUUAACCAUCUCAUUAAAAUGGGCGAUUAAAUCUCGACCAACAACCGAAUUUGCCAGCUAUUUCAGAACAGCCUCAAGAAAUCGAAGUAAAUUCGGCUCAAGAAGAAAUCCAGCUGCAAUUAUAAAUCAGCCUCAAGAAAUCAAAGAACCUCUUCAAGCUAAUGAGCAAGUAGACCUCGUCCAACAUGAAAAUGUCCAAUCUAUUUUAGGUCAAAUUCAAGAAACCGAAGAACCAUCUCAAGCUAUUUUGCGAGUAAACAUACAAGAAGAAAAAUUUGGAGCCAUUGCAGAUCAGCUUCAAGAGAACGAAGAACCGUCCAAAGAAAUUAGCGACACAGAAGAACAAUUGAACACCGCUUCAAAAAGCAAGGAUUUUCCAGAAUUGAUAACUGACCCAGCAGUCAAAAAACAAUUAGUGGCUUCUGGUGCUCGACAACCACGAGGACCUUUUCCAAUAGACAAGAAAAGUGGUCGAGUUUUUUUCGAGAAUUAUUACUGGAUUGUCAGCAAAUCGGGUUUAAAGUUAAACAGAAGCUGGCUUUCAUACUCUACAGAAAAGAAUGUAGUCUAUUGCUUUCCGUGUUGGCUGUUCUCCGAAAGAAGUUCGUUUAAUAACCCAUGGAGUAGCAAUGGAAUCCAAGAUUGGAAGCAUUUGUCGGAAAGAAUCAAGUUCACGAAACAUCAAAGAUUCACACAAAUUCUUGCACGGUAUACGAUUGCUGAAAAAAAAAACAAUACCGUAGAUAUGGCACUACAAAAAUCUUUACGCGACGAACAAAAUUUUUGGCGCAAAGUACUUAAACGAAUUUUAGAUGUGACUAUGAUGCUUGCGACCUGCAAUUUGGCAUUUCGAGGAAAAAACGAGAAAAUGGGAGACAGCAAUAAGGGUAACUUCUUAUCAGUGAUAGAGUUACUGGCUCGUUGCGAUCCUAUUUUGACGGAAUUGCUUGAGCGACCUGCAACCUGCAAGAUUAAUUAAAUAUUUAAGUGCUAGAGUUCAGAACGAAGUGAUAUGUCUAUUAGGAAAAGAACUCGAGGAAAACAUCCAGACCUCCAAGUAACUUUUGGUUUGCAGCUAUAAAUAGAGCU